UAUUUUUCUCCCAGCAGCUUUUAACAUUAUCGGUUUGUGACUGCAACAGGUGCGGAGAUCGGGUACAAUUCGAGCUAACCGAGAUGAGGCAAUGAGAUAUAUUUGUGUGUUCUACCACGAUGGCUUCUUGGGCGAAGGUCAAAACACUGUUUUUCACGAGGCCAUUUCUCAUACUCUCCGAACACGUUAGCUUCCAGCGACGAUGUUUUCAGUCCACUGUAAAGUUUUCUUCAUCUUACGACUAUGUCAUCUGUGGAGCUGGAUCUGCAGGGUGUGUCCUUGCCGAUCGUCUUUCGGUCAGUGGUGAAAACAGAGUUCUAAUUCUAGAGGCAGGACCAAAAGAUUGGACAUGGAAGAUCCACAUGCCAGCUGCUGUCAAGUAUAAUCUUUGGAAUGACAAAUACAACUGGUAUUACGAAACGGAACCACAAGAGUUUACGAAUAACAGGCGGAUCUAUCAACCCAGGGGGAGGGUAUGGGGCGGAUCUUCGUCUCUAAAUGCAAUGGUGUACAUCAGAGGUCAUGCGUAUGAUUAUGAUCGCUGGGAGAAGGAAGGUGCAGAAGGAUGGUCAUAUGCAGAUUGUUUGCCAUACUUCAGGAAAUCUCAGACCCAUGAACUGGGCCCAGAUGAUUACCGAGGAGGCGAUGGACCGCUCCAUGUAUCCUGUGGUAAGUCAAACGGUAACCCUUUAUACCAAGCAUUUAUUGAUGCUGGUGUCCAAGCUGGUUAUCCCUUCACAGAAGACAUGAAUGGCUACCAACAGGAAGGGUUUGGUUGGAUGGACAAGACGAUCCAUAAGGGAGUACGAUGGAAUACAGCAAAUGCCUACCUCAGACCUGCACUUAAGCGCAAGAAUCUUCAAGCACAAACAAGGGCCUUGACCUUGAGAAUUUUGUUUGAGAACAACCGUGCUGUAGGAGUGGAGUAUCAGUUGGGCAAUGAAAUAAAACGUGCUGGGGCCAGAAAGGGAGUUAUCAUAGCUGCUGGAGCCAUUAACACACCACAGUUACUGAAUUUGUCAGGCAUUGGGAAUGCUGUUGAUUUGGAAAAGCUUGGUAUUCCUGUGAAGGUUCAUCUUCCCGGUGUCGGUUACAAUCUUCAGGAUCAUAUGUCUGUGGCUUUUAUGCAGGAGUGUACUCAGCCCCUGACGCUUUACCGUACUCUGAAGUGGUGGAACAUGAUUCCAGUAGGAGUGAAAUGGUUCCUCACAAGGACUGGACCAUGUGCAACAGCACACAAGGAGGCAGGUGGCUUUAUUCGCAGCAAGGAGGACAUAUCGCAUCCUGACAUCCAGUUUCAGUUUGUGCCUCUGGGGUACAAAGAUGACGGUAGAGUGAUAUUCCAGAGGGAUGCCUUCAUGAUUCACGUUGGCACCUUACGUGCUACAAGUCGUGGAUAUGUAAGACUCAAGUCCACAAAUCCAUAUGAUCAUCCCAGUAUCAACCCUCAAUACCUGUCCACUGAAGAAGAUCGGGUGGAGCUAAGAAAUGCUGUUAGACUUACCAGAGAAAUAAUCAGCCAACAGGCUUUGGAGCCAUUUUGUGGGAGAGAGUUAGAACCAGGUGACCAUGUUCAGACAGAUGAACAAAUUGACGCCUGGAUACGACAGAACGCCGACACUGUAUAUCACCCAUCAUGCACCUGUAAAAUGGGUUCCGAAGAUGACCCGAUGGCUGUUGUCAAUAAUAAAACGGAGGUAUUCGGUGUGGAGAACCUAAGGAUUGUCGACGCAUCAAUCAUGCCGAGUGUUGUGAGUGGAAAUAUCAAUGGACCAGUCAUUAUGAUCGCGGAAAAGGCUGCAGAUAUAAUUUUAGGAAAUCCCCCUCUUCCUAAAUCGAGAGCACCAGUGUAUAAAAAGCCAGAAUAA